CAGGCCGGCUGCGGCUGGGCGCCCACCGCUGCCGCUUGGCCGCUGGGCUCUUCCGAUGGAUUCUCACCCCAGUUUUGUGUUCCCUUCGGUUCAAGGACACAGAACCUCGUCUCAGGCGGCCGCGGCUUUUGAUGAGCUACAGGCCGGCGGAGACGCAGACUCGCUCGUCCCCUGGCGGCCCGCGGACGCUGACGCUGUCCGCGCGGACCCUCGCCCCGGCCCCGGCCCCGACCGCCGCUGCGUGUGUGUUUCAGGCCCCAGCGCCCGGCUAUGGCCGCGGCCACCAUAGUGCACGACACGUCUGAGGCGGUGGAGCUGUGCCCCCCGUACGGCCUGUACCUGAAGCCCAUCACCAAGAUGACCAUCAGCGUGGCGCUCCCGCAGCUGAAGCAGCCGGGCAAGUCCAUCUCCAACUGGGAGGUUAUGGAGAGGCUCAAGGCCAUGGUGCAGCAUCACCAGUUCUCCACGCUGCGCAUCUCCAAGAGCACCAUGGACUUCAUCCGCUUCGAGGGUGAGGUGGAGAACCGCAGCCUGGUCAAGGCCUUCCUCGCCUGCCUGGACGGCAAGACCAUCAAGCUCAGCGGCUUCUCCGACAUCCUCAAGGUGCGCGCCGCCGAGUUCAGGAUCGACUUCCCCACGCGCCACGACUGGGACUCCUUCUUCCGCGACGCCAAGGACAUGAACGAGACGCUGCCGGGCGAGCGGCCCGACACCAUCCACCUGGAGGGCCUGCCCUGCAAGUGGUUCGCGCUCAAGGACUCGGGCUCCGAGAAGCCCAGCGAGGAGGUGCUGGUGAAGGUGUUCGAGAAGUUCGGGGCCAUCCGCAACGUGGACAUCCCCAUGCUGGACCCCUACCGCGAGGAGAUGACCGGCCGCAACUUCCACACCUUCAGUUUCGGGGGCCACCUCAACUUCGAGGCGUACGUGCAGUACCGCGAGUACGUGGGCUUCAUCCAGGCCAUGAGUGCCCUGCGCGGCAUGAAGCUCAUGUACAAGGGCGAGGACGGCAAGGCGGUGGCCUGCAACAUCAAGGUGAGCGCCCGCCCCGCCCCGCCCCGUCCCGGGUGCCGGCCCCCCGGGGCCUGUCUCGCGGCCGCACGCACGCACGCACGCACGCAUGCCCGCCCGCAGGUGGCUCUCCGGCCGGGCGGCUGCAGGCCCGGCCAGCGCAGGUGCGUUGAAACCAGCGGCCACACGCACUCGGCCUUGGACACCCCCGCAUCCGGACGCGGAUGUGAGAGCAUUUCCUGUGGGGGACGGGCUGACAGGCGGAGACCCUCGCCGCCGAAGCACCCCGAAACCGCGCCCCAGCGGGGCCGCGGGCCUCCCCAGCGUCCCCGUCACCCGGGGGGGGUGGGGGAGGGGGGCCGAGGGUCCCCUGCACCGCCGCCAACUCGCACUGGGGUCGGCCUCCUGGACGACCCGGGGGCCGCGUGCCCCUGUGAGCGCCCGCCGUCCUCGUUAGCGGAGGCAGACGCGCCGUGGCGGCCUCGGUCAGAGCGCGCGGUGCGAUCCCGCCGGCACGAUGCGAGACGCCCCGUCGUCACGGGGGGGACUUUGUGUUUUCACGUAAUGGCUGAGGCCGGGUCGCGUCCGGGUCAGGUUGCGGCUUCGCCGGGAAGCUCAAUCCCCGGCCACGAAGGGAGCGUGUGCCGUCGGGGGCGUCCGCGGGCGUCCGGCCCCACACGGCGGCCGCGACCCGCGCUCGCUCCCCGGCAGGGCUCCGCGGAGCGAGGGCGCUGC